AAUUCAAGAAAAAGGCUGAGAGAAACGUAAACAAACAUCUUUCCCGAUGUCUCCCGAGUGCACACAUGAUGAUCUCGUUCGCAGAUUAAUUUUUGUUAGCGGAGGCUGCUGUCAACGAGCAUCAGUUGAUGUUUCCCGUGCCGGCUCUGAAUGAAGCGAUAAGCGGCGUAAUUGUAGAAGAUCGUUUAGUUUGUGUAAGAUCGCGAGUGAAGCCGUUCGUUUUGUGUAAUUUCAAUCGUGCUGCCAGCACAAUGGUUUGUGGAAUACUUUCCUUAGGGAUUGCCGCAGCGCUUAUCAGCUUGAGCGCUGCUGGAGUGGCCGAUAAUAGGGUGGACAGUUACAGCAAUCCACACGAUGGAAGCUGUACACUGCCGGAUGCUCUGCUGCGGGAGAUCCGGGGUUAUCAACCCAUCGUCAACAAGAUCGUCGAUAAAAUCGUCAACGGGGAAUUUUCUGGACGCACCUGGGACGCCCUGGCGGAGUUGGUCGAUACCUUUGGAGCGCGAGUCGCUGGUAGUGAGCAGCUGGAAAACGCAAUCGAUUACGUCGUGCAGAAAAUGCAAGCUGAUGGGUUGGAAAAUGUCCACACGGAAAAUGCGACCGUACCUCACUGGGUACGGGGAUACGAAAGCGCAGAGCUUGUUAAGCCCUUCCGCAAAGUGUUGCCCCUGUUGGGCCUAGGCAGCACCAUCGGCACUCCUCGGGGAGGGAUCAUCGCCGAGGUGCUGGCGGUAGAAUCGUUCAAAGAGUUUGAAGCCAUCCCACCGGAGCAGGUGCGUGGAAAGAUUGUGGUGUUUUCUCCGGCCUGGGAAGGCUACGGACGGACUGUUGUUUAUCGUAGUCAGGCUGCUUCGGUCGCUUCACGGAAAGGUGCCGUGGCCGCUUUGGUACGCUCAAUAACCCCAUUUUCGAUCGGAUCGCCUCAUACGGGCCAGCAGCACUAUCAGGAUGAUGUAAAAAAGAUUCCCGUUGCGUGCAUCACCGUGGAGGAUGCCCAGAUGUUGCUCCGCAAGUACCGCCGUGGAGAGAGCAUGGAGAUUCAUCUUGAGAUGGAAGAUCGUCCGAUGGAACCGGUUGUUUCCAGGAACACGAUCGGGGAGCUGGUUGGCACGACGGUCUCGAACACUUCCGUCGUCAUAGUUUCGGGACACUUGGACAGCUGGGACGUUGGUGUUGGUGCAAUGGACGAUGGAGGCGGUGCCUUAAUCUCGUGGAAGGCCCUCACGUACCUGAAGGCAAUGGGAUUGCGUCCUCGACGCACGAUUCGAGCUAUUCUCUGGACGGGCGAAGAGGAAGGGCUCUACGGAGGGGCUGCCUACAAGGAAGCACACAAAGCGCAGGAGGUUAAAGAGUUCAAUUUCUUCUUUGAAUCGGACAUCGGAACGUUUGAGCCAAAGGGGCUUGAUUUUGUUGGCAAUGCGGAUGCCGAAUGCAUCUUUCGGGAGAUCGUCAAACUUAUGGCUCCGCUGAACGCAACCGAGUUUGCUACACCAACCGAUGGCGGUCCGGACAUAAGCCAUUGGACCAGCCGUGGUUUCCCGGGAGCCUCAUUGUUAAACAAAAAUGAGAAAUAUUUUUGGUUCCAUCAUUCUGCUGGUGAUACCAUGGCUGUGGAAGAUCCAAAGAAUUUGGACAAAUGUGCUGCCCUGUGGGCGGCUGCCGCGUACGUCGUUGCCGAUUUGAGCGUUUCCAUGCCCAAGGAUGUACACCCAUGAGUUUAUCAUUGACUAUGUGUGUGUGUGUGUGUGUGUGUGUGCGGUAAAUAAAGAAACCAUAUCA